AUGACAAUGAGAAACGUACACGCGCUUGGCAUUGCAUUUGCUACUCUCCCUCUGUUCUCUGAUGGGUUUACAUGUCCUACAUUUCAUAUCCAGGAGUCCAAAGUCAUAUUGUUGGCAACCGAAUCAACUGGACCUAAAGCAUCAGGACGAAGACGCACAUCUAGACGGACAAUUGCCGAUGCGGAUUCUGCUAGUGGGCCCAGAGCCUCCCGUCCCCGACGAGAACGACCACAGCAACCAGCUCCUUUUGACGGCAAGGCCAUGACUGCAGUCCAAGAUCCUAACGAGGGUGCCACUCCACUAAAUCUGCACGACGCCAUAUCCGAUGGCAACAUCAAAUGUAUGUCGGAGGGAAUCCAAUUCGACCAAGCUGUCAAGACUCCAGCCUUCAAAUUCAUGUCACUGGACGACUUGUUCGGCAAGGAUGUUGGUCUUUCAACCAAGUUUAAUGCUGAAGCUAAAUUUCGAGAAGACCUUCGGAUUGCGAUCAGACAAGAUAUCUUUGAUAGCACUCCCUUUUAUGCCAGCUUGUCCGAAAAGGCAGCCUCUGUGUUGCUGUUACCAGACUCCUCGCUGGAAGGUUCUUGGAGAAUGCCCGAAAGUAUGAAUAGAAUGAACAAGACGACUGCCGUCUUGGCGGAAGCCUUGGGAGAAUCUGCACUGACUGGCGACGAAUUAAUGAAGGCCAUUGGAGAUUUGUGCGGUUCUAGGCCUUCCACCCACUUCAUCGACAUUUAUGGUGUACAAGAUCGUGCCAUUGGCCAUUCUUUUCACAUGGAUUUUGGCAAGUCGCCACUGAACACCACUCAAACGGUAUUGUGGGGAUGGCCACGGGAGGAUGACUACAAUGGAUGCGGUGUCUUCUCACAUGUGAUUCCGUUAGAGGAGGAAUGUUGGGCCCCAGAAAAUCACCCUCGAAUGGAACCUGUACUAUUCUCUGGAAGCUUCGAGGAAAAUAAUAUUGUGCGUCCGAGGUAUCAGCCUGGUAGAGAGCUGCUAAUCUACCGCGACGUGGAUGUGGUUCACUCCGCACCUGAUGUUACAUAUCGCACCAGUGUCAUGAGAUUCAUGUAG